GAUAGCUCUCCUUAGCUCGGCCCUUUCUUUCUCCGCUUGCGAUCGCCGGAGCUCUUAUUCCGGCUCGUCUCGCGCUUUACCGUCCGCUUCUCAUUCAUUGUUGAUCUCGCAUGGCUUGGCAGUCUCCCUCGGCCAUGGCUGGGGGUGGAGGCUUCGUCGGGCCCGGAGGUGAUGGCUCCCCCAAUGGCGGACAGCCCCAAGGGACGGAAUACACUCUACAAGGUGUGAUGCGCUUCCUGCAGACCGAAUGGCACCGGCACGAACGAGACCGUAACGCCUGGGAGAUCGAGCGCGCGGAGAUGAAGUCCCGCAUUGGAAAGCUAGAGGGCGAUGUGCGAACGAGUAAACGCUUACACGAGUCGCUGGGGAAGCACGUUCGGCUACUGGAGGCUGCCCUGAAGAAGGAGCGCGAGAAGGUCAAGAAGCUCAGCAACAAUGAGAAGAUCGAUGACGCCCGAGAUCCGAAGGAGAUCGCCCGGGAGAGCAUCAAUGCAAUAAAAGCCCAACAUCCUCGGCCGCAUGGCGAGCUGAACGAUGCGGACCACAGCCCGGAGAACCACCAUGAGUUCCGCCAAGAGAACGAGCGUGAUAAGUCGCGGGUGUACCUGUCCAAGUGUUCGCAAGAGGUUGCGUACCAUGUCAUCCCUUCGUCUCACCCGCCGCCCGAUCUCAACGAUCAGGACCUUCCGAACCAUAUCUAUGGCAAUCAGCAGCAGAUGUCGCAACAGACCCUGGAGGAGGUCUACCUGCAGCAACAGCGUCAGAAACAGCAUCAGCAUCAGCAGGCAAAUAAUAUGAUGGCACGGGAGGUGGCUCUGCAAAAUCACCAACCUAUCAUCACGCAUUAUUCGGACAACUCAAGCCUGUCUCGUGCUCCUAGCCAGUUCGGGUAUCCGCCCAACGCGAGGGAAGCGAUGGAGCGAAGGCCCACGGAACCGCAACAGAACCCUAUAUCUGCCAUUGAAAACCGGAAACAGACUUUUGAAUCUGCCCCAAUGGAGGAGCGUGCUGGCACGGAGGAGCAGGUGUAUGAUGGAUAUGGUUCGCAAGUAACGACCAAGGAGGAGACCCGGCAACCUCAAACUGUAGACGAUACAGACGGCUGGAACUUCGAUGAACCGUCAGACGCAGCUCCGACGACUGAGCAAAUACCCCCCCACCGUCCCGACGUGGAUGUCUUCCCAAAUGCCAAUUUCGUUGGCGCCAAGUCUCCAGCACGGACCGGUUCGGUCUCCCAUCGCCGGAAGAGCUCCGGUGCCAGGAGGAAGAGUGAAGGUGCUGCAGAUCUUGCGGCGCCAAAACCAGAUACUUCUUUCAAAGUGCGCUUUGCUCUCCGAGGCCACUUGGAUGUUGUCCGUUCCGUGAUCUUCACGGGUGGCGGCAGCCCUUCAGAGCCUGAAAUCUGCACAUGCAGUGAUGAUGGAACAAUCAAGCGUUGGAUUAUUCCAGCGACUUAUGGUACGUUUGGCGCUCACGGCGCCAACUCCAGCAAUGAUUUGGACAUUACGAGCUACUUCACCCACCGUGGACAUGUGGGAGCCGUGACUGCUCUAGCAGCUUGCUCACCAUCACAGAACUUCUCCAACGGCGGCCGCGCACUUGGAGAUGGUUGGGUGUUCUCUGGUGGGCAGGAUACGAGCGUUCGUGUCUGGGAACGUGGAAGGGUUGAUCCCAAGGCCACACUCGAGGGUCACACGGACGCGGUAUGGGGCUUGUGUGUUCUUCCUGGAACUGCAGGAUCUGUCUUUGGCGACUCCUGCAACCAUUACGGCGGGCCUGAUCGAAUCCUGCUUGCGUCGGGUGGUGCCGAUGGUCGGAUCAUCAUCUGGGCCGUCAGCGCACCACCUCAGCUUUCGUCGCCCCAAGCCGGAUCUCGAAGAGCAGGCGGCAGUCGGCGAGCCAACUCGAUUUCAUCCGGCUCGAAUUUCCCAUCGUCGCCACAACCGAGCACAGCAACUACCACGCCAUUCCACUACACCAUGAUCCGUCAGAUAGUCCGCUCGGACUCGCCAUCGCCCACGUGUAUCAGCCCGUUAUCGCUCGCAGGUAUCAACUUCGUCGUCUCCUACACAGAUGCCUCGAUUCUCGUUUACGACACGAGAACAGGUGAGGAGAUUGCAGGAAUGGCGAGCUUAGAGACAUAUGAUGGUACACCAUCGACUGGUGUCAAUGCGGUUGUGGCCACUACUGUUGGAUUCGAUGGCUCGGCUGGCCUUGACCCCAGCCGGACAAUGGGCGAAGAGGAGGUCGUUCAUGGCGCCACUGGGUCAAGCGGUGCCGAAGGGGUUAUUAUCAGUGGAUACGAAGACCGUUACAUUCGAUUCUUCGAUGCUAACAGCGGCCAAUGCACAUACACUAUGCUCGCCCAUCCGUCCGCAAUCGCCUCGCUCUCUCUGUCUCCAGAUGGACGCGAGCUUGUUUCCGCAGGCCAUGACGCUAGUCUGCGGUUUUGGAACCUGGAGAAGCGGAGCUGCACUCAGGAGAUCACGAGUCACCGGCUGAUGCGUGGUGAAGGAGUGUGCUCUGCGGUGUGGAGCCGCGAUGGCCGCUGGGUAGUCAGUGGAGGAGGCGAUGGGGUUGUCAAGGUCUUCUCGAGAUAACCUUCUGCGAUGUAUGAAUCCAUUUCCUUUCUUGUUUCCAGCUGAUACUUUCUUAUGGCAUGUUCUUUGGACGCAUGAAAUGGAUGAGCGAUUGGCCAGUUCUCGAGCAUUUGCAACGGUCUCUAAUACCUGGCAUAUGUUCCUUUC